AUGAUAAAAAUAUUUAUUGUUGUAGGUGACAUCGAAAAAGGGAAGAUAUGUUUAUUAAAUUUAAGAAAAUCUGAUCCCAUUAUAUUAAAGAGAGCGUGCGAAAUAGACAAACAUCUCCAUAAUAUACGGGAAAUACUUUUAAACUCCAACGCAACACCCAUCCGUUGCAAGGGUGGCAUCGGAUACACAUGUUGCUUCUGCGCAAAACAGUGGCCAGACCCAAAAGAUCUUAAGCGACAUACAAUCAACCAGCACGACGAAGCAACCAAAGCGAAUUUCAUGCAACGCAAGGAUAUGCACGCGUAUUUCGUGAAACUGGACAUCACUGACUUGCAAUGCAAGUGCGGGACGAACAUCGACACUGUCGAGAAGUUCUUGGAUCACCUAAAGCUAAUCCAUAGAAAGAACACCUUCAGAGACAUCAAGAACCACAUCUUCCCGUUCAAAUUCGACCAUGAGACCCUCAGAUGCUGCAUCUGUCUCAAUAUCUUCAACACGUUCAAAGCGCUCCAGGAGCAUAUGAACGUGCAUUACAGGAACUAUGUGUGCGAAGUGUGCGAUGCUGGUUUCGUGAACAAGAACAUACUAUCGAGACACGGAGACGCCCACAAAACUGGUACCUUCAGAUGCGAAGAGUGUCCAAAAAUCUUCGAUACGGCCCGCAAGAAACUUUUGCACGUGCGGUCUAAACAUUCCGGUAUCAAACUGCCGCACAAAUGCGGGUACUGCAGCGAGAGGUUCAAGGAGGUCUGGAAGAAGCACAACCACCUGUAUAAGGUGCAUGGCGUUCGAGGUCCGGAGAUAACUUGCCAGGCUUGCGACAAACAUUUUCGGACGAAGAGCGCGUGGAGGCUGCACACGACGAGGGUCCAUCUUAUGCAGCGUCCGUAUAAGUGUACGGACUGUGAUAUGGAGUUCUACGCUAAGCGAGAGCUGGACAGCCACACGGUGAAGCACACUGGCUCGAGGACGUUCCGGUGUGAAGUCUGUUUGAAGUCGUUUGGCAGACAGAAGACGUUGAAGGAGCACAAACGUACACUCUGGCCGACGAAGAAAGUGUUCAUAAAAAAUCCGCGGCCACCGGACCUGAAGAAGGAAAUAAUAAUACCUAAAAAAACCCCCACUGUCAACGUAGUGACAAAGAAGAAGAUUGAAAUGGACAAACACUUAGAUAACAUACGAACGAUUUUGAUCAACUCGAACGCAACGCCGAUCCGGUGCCGCGGCAGCUUCCUCUACACUUGCUGGUUUUGUGACAAUCAAUACGAGAUCCCGGAUCAGUUGAAAAGCCAUACGCUAGAAACACACGACGACACUGUCAAAAAAACCUUCAUGGACGGCGCCUCGAUGAUCACAUACGUAGUAAAACUAGAUAUAACAGGUCUGCGGUGUAACUUAUGCCGGCGGGACUUCCCCGAACUCCAAGACUUCAUCAAACAUUUGAGAGAUCACGGCAAAAGCUACCACGACGAUAUCAAAACCCACAUAGUACCGUUCCGCUUCGACGACAAGGAUUUCAGAUGUGUUAUAUGCAAGAAUAGGUUUAACAAUUUCAAAGUGUUGAUCGAACAUAUGAACGCUCAUUAUAAUAAUUAUAUUUGUAAUAUUUGCGGUGCCGGGUUUAUAAAUAAGCGGACCUUACAGACGCACGGUUACAGACAUAAGACUGGUACGUUUAACUGUUCGUUCUGUCCCAAAGUUUUCGAUACCAGUAUCAAGAAGAGAGACCACGAAAGAGGUGUUCAUAUAUUACACAAUAAGAGAAGUAAAUGUGGAUAUUGCGGGGAACGGUUCACAGAUUAUACGAAGAAAAAUGAUCAUUUGGUUAAAGUGCACGGGGCGACGCCUGUCGUACUUCAAUGCCAAGCCUGCGAUAAGACUUUUGGCAAUCAAAGAUCACUGACGAUGCAUACAAAAUCCUACCAUCUCUUACAGAGGAAGAAGCUAGAUAAAACUGUGUAG